CUGGUGGCUCCUGGGCUCCCUGCUGGCCGCGCUGGCCGGGGGGGGGUCUGUAGAGCAGCCCCCCCCUCCUCAGAAUCCCCCUGCCCCGUGUGCCUGUGGCGGCGGCAGAGCAAAGAGCUGCGGCUGGAGAGCAUCAAAUCGCAGAUCCUCAGCAAGCUGCGGCUGAAGGAAGCGCCCAACAUCACCCGCGAGGUGGUGAAGCAGCUUCUCCCCAGAGGCCCCCCGCUCCAGCAGCUCCUGGACCUCCACGACUUCCAGGGGGACUCGCUGAACCACGACGAGUACCUGGAGGAGGAUGAGUACCACGCCACCACCGAGACCGUCAUCAGCAUGGCCCAGGAAACGGACCCAGCCGUUCAGAUCGAGGGGAACCCUCACUGCUGCUUCUUCAACUUCAGCCCGAAGCUGAUGUUCACCAAGGUGGUGAAGGCUCAGCUCUGGGUGUACCUGCGGCCGGUUCAGCACCCAUCCACCGUGUACCUGCAGAUCCUGCGCCUCAAACCCGUCACGGACGAGGGCAGCCGCCACAUCCGCAUCCGCUCGCUCCAAAUCGACCUCAAUUCCCGAGCUGGCCACUGGCAGAGCAUCGAUUUCAAGCACGUCCUGCAGAAUUGGUUCAAGCAGCCCCAGAAUAAUUGGGGGAUUGAGAUUAAUGCCUUCGAUGCCAACGGGAAUGAUCUGGCGGUCACCUCGCUGGGGCCCCGGAGCCGAGGGGGCUGGUGGCACCCCUUCAUGGAGCUGCGUGUCCUGGAGAACAACAAGCGCUCCCGCCGUAACCUGGGCCUGGACUGUGACGAGCACUCCACGGAGUCGCGCUGCUGCCGCUACCCCCUCACCGUGGACUUCGAGGCUUUCGGCUGGGACUGGAUCAUCGCCCCCAAACGCUACAAAGCCAAUUAUUGCUCCGGCCAGUGCGAGUACAUGUUCAUGCAGAAAUACCCUCACACCCACCUGGUGCAGCAAGCGAACCCCCGAGGAUCGGCCGGACCCUGCUGCACCCCAACAAAGAUGUCCCCCAUCAACAUGCUCUACUUCAACGACAAGCAGCAGAUCAUCUACGGCAAGAUCCCCGGCAUGGUGGUGGAUCGCUGCGGUUGUUCUUAG